CUGCGUAAAAAGGCCGCGUACGAGGCACUCAAAGGCAUUCCACCGCCGUCAACAGUCGAUUCGUUCCAGGGCCAAGAAAACGACAUCGUCAUUGUCGUCAUGGGCACCGCACAUCCGAAGCCUGGGCCUGGCUUCACCUCCCACGAGCAACGCCUGAACGUGAUGCUUACACGACAUCGAUGUGGGCUGGUGGUAGUCGGUGACAUCAAUGUC